AUGGGCUUGGAGUCUGCGAUGGAUGGGGAAGGUGAGGACCGACAAAAGAUGAUCAAGAGAGCCCAGCCUGGUUACAUACACUGUGCCGCGUACCUUACAGAGCGAGAAAUGUACGGAGCAAUGCACCAUCCUUUCCAGGAGACGGGCCUGGGUCCAUUUCUUUCCAAGGAGAGAGUCCACCAGCGCGCACAUCGUCUGCCGUUGGGUGGCGAUCGCCUGUGGGCUAGACCAUAUCCUCGGGAGAUGGAUAGAGUCGUUGUGGGCAAGACAGGGUCGUCGAUGGUCCUGGGAGGUGAUACAGAACACUGA